AUGGCUCUCCGUCUCUCUGUAGGCCGGCCAUUGAGCGCUACCGUGCGCUCUGCGAGCUGCGCCGCCUCCCUCACUGCCGCGCGCACCUUCACCACAACUGCUCGGCGGGCCAAAGAUGUCGUCUCCGAGGACCCGAACACACCCAAUAUGAGAUUCGCUCCGCGCACCGCGGCGGGCACUCUCAAGGCGCCCAUUGUCAACCCGGCCGACAAGUACACCGAGAUAGGCGAGGCGCGGCAUAAAUACGGCCAGUACCUGAUGUCGUGCUUGCCCAAGUACAUUCAGCAGUUCUCCGUGUGGAAGGACGAAUUGACCAUCUAUAUCCCCCCGUCUGGCGUUAUUCCAGUCUUUACUUUUCUGAAAUACCACACUGCGGCCGAAUACACCCAAAUCACUGAUAUCACGGCCGUCGACUAUCCCACCAAGGACCAGCGGUUCGAGGUCGUGUAUAAUCUGCUCAGCAUCCGCCACAACUCCCGGAUAAGAGUGAAAACCUACGCCGACGAGGCGACGCCUGUCCCCAGUCUUUGCGACUUGUAUGACGGAGCAAAUUGGUAUGAGCGGGAGGUGUAUGAUCUGUUUGGUGUCUUCUUUGUCGGUCAUCCGGAUCUGAGGCGCAUCAUGACCGACUAUGGGUUUGACGGCCAUCCCUUGCGCAAGGACUUCCCCAUGACCGGCUACACGGAGAUUCGGUAUGAUGAAGAGAAGAAGAGGAUUGUUUACGAGCCUCUGGAGAUGACGCAGGCGUUCAGGAACUUCCGUGGCGGGUCCACAGUUUGGGAACCUGUGGGGCCUGGUGUUGACAGGACGCCAGACCAACCGGAACCGCCGAAAGAAGGUGAAAAGAAAUAG